CGAAGGGCAGGAUGACAACAUCCUAAGCAUCUCUUCCAAAGCCAAUCCCUCCAUUUUCUAAACACACAAUCAAUCUUCGUGAAAGGCUGUCGACGACAAAAAUAACCUCACGGUGUCGACAUGGUUUGCCAAGAAGACCCUCUCAUCAGAACCAUCUGCGAACUGCACGCCAAGAUCUCUUCCCUCGAGACCCUAUCCCCAUGCAAAGAUGUCAACAACCUCUUCACUCAGCUGGUCCUCACGUGCAUCCCCCCGCACCCCAUCGAGGUCGACAGCCUUUGCUCUAAGGUCCAGGAGAUCCGGUCCGACCUCAUCCGCUUAUGUGGCGAGGCCGAGGGCCUCCUUGAGAGCCACUUCUCGUCCCUCCUCGCCUCCUUCGACCACCCCCUCGACCACCUCCACCUCUUCCCUUACUACAACAACUACCUCAAGCUCGCCCGCCUCGAGUUCGACCUCCUCUCCCAACACUUGACCUGUGGGGCCCCGGCCCGCGUCGCUUUCGUGGGCUCUGGCCCGCUCCCGUUGACCACCCUUGUCCUUGCUGCCAAUCAUCUCAAUGAUACCGUCUUCCACAACUACGACAUCGACCCGUCCGCCAAUUCCAAGGCUCUUCGCCUCGUCCUACCCGACCCGGACUUGUCCAAGCGGGUCCUAUUCCAUACCGAUGACAUAAUGAAUGUCACGACCGCACUAGGGGACUACGACGUCGUGUUCCUGGCGGCCCUCGUGGGGAUGGCUGAGGAGGAGAAGGUUAGGGUUAUUGCUCACCUGGCCAACCACAUGGCUCCUGGCGCAAUCUUGGUGGUCCGGAGUGCACAUGGGGCUAGGGCUUUCCUCUACCCAGUCAUUGACCCCUCCGAUCUCCGAGGCUUCGAGUUCCUUUCAGUGUUUCAUCCCACCGAUGACGUUAUAAAUUCAGUCAUCAUCGCAAGGAAGUACAUGAACUUGAAUGACUCGAUUCCCAUCGUCCACGACAUAGUCACUACCAUGAAGAAGAAGCUGCCUCUUGCCACCAAGAAGUGCUGCGAGAUUCAACCGUUCCUCGAUCCUCUGAACCCUUGUGGGAACAUAGCUGAGGACCUUGCCAUUGAGGAGAAGUCCUCCUGAAGUGACCUUCAACCGCGUCGCGAUCAAAUCGAUCCUCCUCCACACUCAAGAUCGAUUUUAUUAGCUUUCUCAUGUCGUGCUAGAGAGGACUUGUCUCUGUCCAUCCAUCUUCCUUUCAAAAUCAACUCUUGUGAUAUCUUGACUUUUGUUUUUGAGUGUGCUUUACUUCCCGAUUUGAAAUCAUCCAUGCCGAGAUGUGCUUGUUGGACAUUGAAAACACAACGACACAACCUGAAGACAACAUGGGAGAUGAAGGAUCGAUUCAUCGUGCUUGCUUCAAGUGAUUUACUUACAUAUACAUGUCUUGAUGAACCUUAAUUUCCAAUAGCUCUAAGUAUGCAUUUCUUUGACUAGUGCUACAUCUACAUAUAUAGUCGUCUUGUCAUUGCGUGUCAUUACGUUACAUUCUAUUGUGUUUCGAGAGAUCUAUCUUUUGUUAUGUUGCA